AAUCAAUCUUUCUUUCAGGAAUAUCAUAGCUUCAAAAGGCAGUUGGGGAGUAUCUCAUACUCGUGUUCCAACAGAAUCUAGACCUGGGCAUGUUGCUCUAAUAGCUGGAUUUUAUGAAGAUGUCAGUGCUGUUGCCAGAGGAUGGAAAGAAAAUCCAGUGGAAUUUGAUUCUAUUUUCAAUGAAAGUAAAUAUACUUGGAGCUGGGGAAGUCCAGAUAUUCUUCCUAUGUUUGCUAAAGGUGCUACUGGUGAUCACGUUUACACCAACUGCUAUAAAGCUGAAAGAGAGGAUUUUGCAGCUGAAGAUGCCACUAUACUGGACACUUGGGUUUUUGACCAGGUUAAGGAUUUCUUCAACUCGGCUAAAAACAAUGAAACAUUGUUUUCUAAACUUCAUGAACAAAAAAUCAUUUUCUUCCUGCACUUAUUAGGAUUAGAUACAAAUGGUCAUGCUCAUCGGCCUCAUUCAAGGGAAUAUAAGAACAAUAUCAGGAAAGUUGAUGAAGGUAUACAAGAAAUUGUUUCAAUGGUUGAGGGCUUCUAUGGAAAUGAUGGCAACACGGCCUUUAUCUUAACUUCUGACCAUGGAAUGACAGACUGGG